AGCGUAUGCACGUUUCGACCUGUCAGUGUGACGCGCGCGCUCUCUAUUACUCAAAAAAGUAACUUUUGUUUUUGAAAAUUUUCAAAUCAACCAAUUACCGGACAGGUUUCGAAACUAUGCCCUACUAAGCCCGCGAAAAAUAAACUUUUCUCAACGGUUGUUUUUUGGAAUUUUGAAAGUGGAUUAUUUUUUUGUUUCAACAGGAUAUAGAAAAAGUGUUUAGUGUGCCCCAUGUGGGGGAAAACUUUAACAAAAUGUGGAUUAACAACGUCAAGAAGAAGAAACUUUGGAUUAUAACUUUCGGCAUUUUCUUGACGGUUUUCGUCCAGUCCACAACAGGCUUUGUCUCUUGUUCGCCUAGUCCGUGCAAGAAUGGCGGAACCUGUAUAUCUUCGCCCUCCUUGAAAGGAGAAAGUUUUUGCAAUUGUACAUCGAAAUACGUCGGCGAAUACUGUCAGCACCUGAACCCGUGCCAUACUGGCAAAGGUCCGGGUCCCCGGUGCCAAAACGGCGGUUCGUGCCAAGUGCGUACCGGUCCCGGUGGAGUACCCGGAUUCGAGUGCCGGUGCCCUUUGGGGUUUAGUGCGUCACUAUGCGAAAUCCACGUGGCUAACAGCUGUGACUUACGACCCUGCCUUAACGGCGGUACUUGUUCGCUGAUAUCUCUGGAACGGUAUCAGUGCUCUUGUGCUCCUGGAUAUACUGGUGACCACUGCGAAAAACAAGAUCACUGCGCGUCGCAACCGUGCCGUAACGGAGCGGAGUGCGUAAGCGUUGGCGACUCGUACGCGUGCACGUGCGCGCCCGGUUUUACUGGCGCGAGCUGCAAAGAGGACAAGGACGAGUGCAAACAGAAACCGUGCAAGCACGGCAAGUGCCACAACACGCACGGCAGCUACACAUGUACCUGUAAUGAAGGCUAUACCGGUCAAAAUUGCGAAAGCGAAUAUAUACCGUGCGAUCCUAGUCCUUGUGCCAAUGGCGGACGAUGUCGAUCAGGUGAUAAGCACACCUACACUUGCGAAUGUCCUUCUGGUUUCCGAGGUCCAAAUUGCGAAGAGAACGUCGACGAUUGUCCGGGCCACCAGUGUCAGAACGGCGCCACUUGCGUCGACGGAGUCGACAGCUACACCUGUCAAUGUCCGUUGACGUACACCGGAAAAUAUUGCGAACAGGACGUGGACGAGUGCGCCCUCCGGCCGUCGGUCUGUCAGAACGGCGCCACUUGUACGAACAGCGUCGGCGGGUUUUCCUGCAUUUGCGUCAACGGCUGGAACGGACCCGACUGCAGCGCCAACAUCGACGAUUGCGCGGGCGCCGCUUGCUUUAACGGCGCCACGUGUAUCGAUCGAGUUGGUAGUUUUUACUGUAGAUGUACGCCUGGGAAAACUGGUCUUCUGUGCCAUUUGGAUGAUGCUUGUACUAGUAACCCUUGCCACGCUGACGCCAUUUGCGAUACCAGUCCAAUAAAUGGUUCCUAUACUUGUAGCUGUGCCUCUGGAUACAAAGGAGUGGAUUGUUCUGAGGAUAUAAACGAAUGCGAACAAGGUUCUCCUUGUGAACACGAUGGAAUCUGCGUUAAUACACCGGGUUCGUUUGCUUGCAAUUGCACCCAGGGUUUUACAGGACCGAGAUGCGAAACCAAUGUGAACGAGUGCGAAUCCCAUCCCUGUCACAAUGACGGGUCUUGUUUGGACGAUCCUGGUACUUUUAGAUGCGUCUGUAUGCCUGGUUUCACUGGAACCCAAUGCGAAAUCGACAUCGACGAGUGCAAAGACAAACCUUGCCUGAACGGCGGAGUAUGCCAGGACCUCAUCAACUCAUUCAAGUGCACUUGCGCAGCCGGUUUCAGCGGUUCCCGGUGCCAAAUCAACAUCGACGAUUGCGUAAACCAACCGUGCAUGAACGGCGGCACGUGCCAAGACUCGAUAGCACGGUACACGUGCGAGUGCCCGCCCGGCUACACCGGCAACUCCUGCGAGACCAACAUCAACGACUGCCAAUCUUCACCGUGCCAUCACGGAGAGUGUAUUGAUGGUGAAAAUUCGUUCACUUGCCAGUGCCAUCCUGGUUAUAUGGGUAGACUUUGUCAGUAUCAGCUUAAUGAGUGCGACUCGAAUCCUUGUCAGUAUGGAGGGAUUUGUCAGGACCUUGUUAAUGGUUAUCAGUGUCUUUGUAAGGCUGGAACAUCUGGGCACAAUUGCGAAAUUAACAUCAACGAGUGCUAUAGUAAUCCUUGUAGAAAUGGUGCUACUUGCAUUGAUGGAAUUAAUAGCUACAAUUGCGAAUGUAGACAAGGCUACACGGGUCGUCACUGCGAAAACGACAUAGACGAGUGCGCUUCAAAUCCAUGUGCCAACGGCGGCGUGUGUAUCGACCUUGUGAACGGCUUCAGAUGCGAAUGCCCUCGAGGUUACUACGACGCUCGCUGUCUCAGCGACGUGGACGAGUGCAAGAGCAAUCCGUGCAAACAUGGUGGCAGCUGCGAAGACGGUGUCAACCAAUUCAUUUGUCAUUGCUUAUUGGGAUACGGAGGCAAACAAUGCGAAAUCCAAAUAGACGAGUGCGCCUCAAACCCGUGCCAACAUGGCGGUAUCUGUCACGAUCAUUUGGCUUCCUACACGUGCGAGUGCGCUGCCGGGUAUUCAGGAAUCAAUUGCGAAAUAAACGUGGACGAUUGUGCCAUCAAUCCGUGCAAAAAUAGCGGCUCUUGUAUUGAUUUGGUUGAUGACUACAAAUGUGUUUGUGAACUACCAUACACUGGCAGACAGUGUCAAGACAGAUUAGAUCCUUGUGCACCCAAUAAGUGUCGUCAUAAUGCCAAGUGCACUCCCAGCUCCAACUACAUGGAUUUUGCUUGCACCUGCAAUUUAGGCUACACAGGACGGUUUUGCGAACAAGAUGUUGACGAGUGCGUGGUUUCCAAACCGUGCAGAAACGGGGCUACUUGUAGAAACGUCAACGGCUCUUAUCAGUGCUUGUGCGCCCGAGGUUACGAGGGAAAAGAUUGCAGCAUCAACACUGACGAUUGCGCAUCAUAUCCGUGUCAAAAUGGUGGUACUUGCCUUGACGAAAUCGGCGAGUUCACUUGUCUCUGCGUCAAUGGUUUCGAAGGCAAACAGUGCGAAGUGGACGUGGACGAAUGCUUAUCCAAUCCUUGUAGAAACGGCGCCACUUGCAACCAAUACGUGGAUUCCUAUACGUGCACUUGCCCUCUAGGAUUUUCCGGAAUCAAUUGCGAAACCAAUGACGAAGAUUGUACCGAAAGUAGCUGCAUGUACGGAGGCACUUGUAUUGAUGGCAUCAACUCUUAUACUUGUAGCUGUAAGCCCGGUUACACGGGUUCUAACUGCCAAAACCGCAUCAACUUAUGCGACAGCUUACCUUGUCGCAAUGGAGCCACUUGUCAAGACCACACCACCCAUUACACGUGCCACUGCCCGUACGGUUACACUGGCAAAGAUUGCAGCGAGUACGUGGACUGGUGCAGCACCGAUCCGUGCGAAAAUCAAGCCACAUGUCACCAAUCGAAGAACCAAUACUCUUGCGCCUGCGGCCCUGGAUGGACCGGAAAAGUGUGCGACGUUGAAAUGGUCAGUUGUCAAGACGCUGCUGCAAGAAAAAACAUCCCUUGGCAAUUAUUAUGCAAUAACGGUACUUGUGAGACUAUUGGCAACUCGCACAGGUGCCACUGCAAGGACGGCUAUACAGGCUCCUACUGUCAAAAAGAUAUCAACGAAUGUGAAACGGCUCCUUGUCAAAAUGGCGGUCUUUGUCGAGAUCAUGUAGGCUCUUACGUUUGCGAGUGCCGUAAAGGUUUUCAAGGGCAAAAUUGCGAACUCAAUGUGGACGAUUGCUACCCGAACCCUUGCCAAAAUGGCGGCACCUGUCACGAUUUAAUCAACAAUUUCCAGUGCUCGUGUCCUUCAGGCACCUUAGGAUUGCUUUGCGAAAUCAACCAAGACGACUGCACACUAGACUCUUGCCACAAUAACGGUACUUGCCUAGAUAGAGUGGGCAGUUUUGAGUGCAAAUGUCCUCCCGGCUUUGUGGGUCCUCGAUGUGAAGGAGACAUAAACGAGUGUUUGUCAAAUCCGUGCUCUAACCCAGGUACUUUGGACUGUGUUCAAUUGGUCAACGAUUAUCAUUGCAAUUGCAAGGCAGGCUUUAUGGGUAGACACUGUGAAAGAAAAGUAAACUUUUGUGCAGCUUCUCCAUGUCAAAAUGGUGGCGUUUGCACUACAAUACACACAGGCCAUAAGUGCACCUGUCAAGAAGGCUAUUAUGGCAAAAAUUGCGAAUUUAGCGGCUACGAUUGCGACUCUGAUCCUUGUCAAAAUGGAGGUAUUUGUCGCAUAUCAGACUCUGAAGGUUACAUAUGUGAUUGUCCUCCAGGAACUACAGGAGUUAAUUGCGAAAUUGAUUCAAUGAAUGAGUGCAACAGUAAUCCUUGUCAACAUCCAGAUGCCACUUGUCAAGACAAAUUCAGCGAUUACGCCUGUUACUGUCCGCCAAAACAUACAGGCAAAAAUUGCGAAGUCUACGACAGAAACUUUAUAGGAGGUUUGGGCAGGCCAAUGAAAACCAAAGAAAUUUUUAAUACUUUUUACGAAAAGGAUUUGGAAAGACAACGGCAACAAUGUAUUGCUAAUAAGUGCCCUAUGAAGCGUGGAAACAGACAUUGCGAUGAAGAAUGCAACAUUUACGCAUGCGAUUUUGACGGAAACGAUUGUUCUUUAGGUAUAAAUCCUUGGGCCAACUGUACAGCUCCCAUUAAAUGCUGGGAACAUUUUGGAGAUGGCAUUUGCAAUGAGGAAUGCAACACCCCACAAUGCCUAUUUGACGGAAGGGAUUGCGAAAAGAAGCUGCAACCUUGUAACCCUAUAUAUGAUGCUUACUGUCAAAAACACUAUGCCAACGGCCAUUGCGACUAUGGUUGUAAUAAUGCCGAAUGCAACUGGGACGGUUUAGAUUGCGAAGAACAACGGCCUCCUGAAAUUGCAGAAGGUGUCAUUAGUAUGGUGGUUUUAAUGGAUAAACAAGCCUUCAAAAAGAAUCUUAUAGCGUUUCUUAGGGACACUUCGCAUCAAUUACGCACUACAGUUAGAGUCAAGAAGGACCAUUUGGGCAAAGACAUGAUAUAUUCUUGGUCGGGAAACACUAAUGCUAAGGCCCAAUUGGACGAUGACUAUUACAAAAGAAAUAGGGUAGCUUUUUCAGAAACUGUUCAGUCUGGGGUGAAGGUUUAUUUGGAAAUUGACAACAGAAAAUGUACCGAGUAUUCUGAUAGUGGAGAGUAUUGUUUCCAAACUGCCAGUGCUGCAGCUGAAUUUUUAGCAGCAAAAGCCUCAAAACACUCCUUAUCUCAGAGCUUCCCAAUAUAUCAAAUAAAUGGUUCUUCAGAUGAUGAUGACAUAACACAGCCAACCAACAUCAAAUAUGUUGUCAUGGGUAUUCUAUUGGUCAUCUGCAUGGCUGGAGUGAUAUUUAUAGUAGUGCAAACUCAACGAAAACGCGCCGCAGGCAUUACGUGGUUCCCAGAAGGAUUUUUACGAACAAACUCGGGCACUAGACGCCGCAGGCGAGGCCCAGAAGGACAAGAAUUGAGAAACCUCAGUAAAAACCUUCCGAUUCCUGGCAUGGAGCUGGACUCGCAACACGGUCACGUGUCUCAAUAUUCUGACGACGAUAGCUAUCCAAAUUAUCCUUUGCCUGCUAAAAGAGGUCGCGUCGAAGCUGGUUAUGCUAGCGAUCACACUGCAAUCACUGAAUAUGAAGAAGCCGAGCCUAGAUGGACACAAACCCAUUUGGAAGCUGCCGAUAUAAGACCUAGUGCCAUGUUAACACCGCCUCAAGGUGAAAAUAAUCACGAUAUAAAUGCUAGAGGGCCUUGUGGCAUGACUCCUAUUAUGGUAGCGGCUGUUAGAGGUUUAGGGAUGGACACUGGAGAAGAUGACGAAGACGACGGUUCUGGAGCGGUUAUACAAGACUUGGUAGCACACGGGGCCGACUUACACGCAACCAUGGACAAAACUGGAGAAACUUCUUUGCAUUUAGCUGCUAGAUAUGCUCGAGCAGAUGCAGCCAAGAGAUUAUUAGACGCAGGAGCAGAUGCUAAUGCUCAAGAUAACACCGGAAGGACACCACUGCACGCAGCCGUAGCUGCUGAUGCACUAGGAGUUUUCCAAAUACUACUGCGAAAUAGGGCCACCAACUUGAAUGCUAGAAUGCACGAAGGUACUACUCCACUGAUUUUAGCAGCUCGAUUGGCUAUUGAAGGUAUGGUUCAGGAUUUGAUUAGUGCCGAAGCAGAUAUCAAUGCCGCUGAUAAUUCUGGCAAAACUGCUCUGCACUGGGCCGCUGCAGUGAAUAACGUCGAGGCUGUUAAUAUAUUGUUGUCGCACGGUGCCAAUAGGGACGCGCAGGACGAUAAAGAUGAAACCCCGUUGUUUUUGGCUGCUAGAGAAGGUUCCUACCACACAUGUAAAGCCUUACUAGAAGCCUACGCCAACAGAGACAUAACAGAUCACAUGGAACGAUUACCAAGAGACAUCGCCUGCGAAAGGCUCCAUCACGACAUUGUCAGAUUACUUGACGAACAUGUACCAAGAAGUCCACAAAUGGUCAACGUAGUUUCCAACAGUCAAAUGCUAAGUCACAUGCUGCAACAACCCACCGUGAUAGUACCGAAAAGGCAAAAAUCAAAGAGGCCAAGCAAAAAUGCCGGACCUACUAGCCCUGAUGAUGGUACUGAUGGUAAUCAUAAUGGAGGAAGCAUCAGACGGAAGGCCAGCGUUAAAAGAUCAAAUAACAAUAAUAACAAUAAUAAAAAAGUUCAAGCUCAAACUCAAGUGAGUGAAGCACCUCCACAAAGUACAGACUCCUUAGGGUCAUCGAUGAGCCCUGUCGAAUCUCCAAUGACCAAUUUGCCUAGUCCCUAUGACACUACAACGUUAUACUCAAAUAUGGGGCUUUCAGCGCAAGGACUUGAAUCCCUAAUGGCCAAUAAGCAACCUCCAAGCUACGAAGACGUUGUAAAAAACACUUUACAAUUUGGGAUCGACAACUAUGGCGCGUUCAAUAUUUUUCAACAGGACGCCUUGAUGAUGCAACAGAGGCAAUUGCAGAAUACCCUGAGUCCGCCCUAUUCGAACCAGAGCCCGCCCCAUUCGGUUCAGAGUAACAUGUCUUUGUCACCGCAAGGUUAUAACGGUUCGCCAUCUCCGGCCAAAAACCGUCCCUCGUUGCCCACCAGUCCCACUCACAUUGCCGCCAUGAGAGCGGCGACUCAACAAAAACACGGCGGAGUGCCCCAAACCCAAAACCUACCGAUGGGGUUCGAUUUUAGCCAGACGGGCCUCGAAAUGCCACUCGCCUAUAUUGGUCAGGCUACACAGGCUUUGGGACAGGCUCAGACGCAGAUACAAGCUCAGAAUCAACAACAAGCGUUUGCUCAACCAAAUUACUAUAUGACUCCGCCAUCUCAGCACAGCGACCACUUGCUACCCGAUAACUUUCCGACGCCGUCACCGGAAAGUCCCGGUCACUGGUCGUCCAGUUCGCCGAGAUCCUGCAAUUCCGAUUGGUCGGAAAACGUGGCCAGUCCGAAUACGGGCACUUACAUGGCACCGUCCACGAUCGGCGGACAUCAGACCAACAAAGGUUCCGAUGCCAUCUACAUUUGAUGAAAAGUGUUAAGUUGGACGUUUUUUUUUUUUUUUAGUUUUUAUUGGGGUGGCAAAAUGUUGUUGGACAGUUUUUUUUAUAUGAUAUAAAUAGUGUUUUAGAAGAAUUAUAUUUAAAUAUGUGAUGUGAUUAAAGCAAAUUUUGUUGAAAAUGUUAUUUAAGAAGUGACUCUAUUAUCUUAAAUGGCGCGUUUAUUUCAAUAAUGGUCUCAUUUUUUUUUUUUAAAUUUUGUAAUUAUAUUUAUACGGAAAAAAAAUCAUGACAAAACUUAAGACUAAUUUUUCAAGUGAAAAGCAAAUAUGUAUGAAGUAAUAAGAAUGUGCCUUUUCGUAACAAUCGUAAGAAAAUUAAGAUAAAGAUGAUACUUUAAUUGUUUAGAUAUUUUUUGUACAUAAAUUAGGUUAAUUUAUUUUUAUAAGACUAUACAUAGUUUUGAAGAAAAACCACCCUCAAUGUAUUUUUUCUUGGAAGAAUUUUUUUAAUUUUGGCUUUUAUGCAAAUUUCAAAAUUUCCUUUUAUUACAACACAACAGAGAUAAAUUAUUGGUGGUUUGAUUUCAAAAACGCAAAAGGGAGAAAAUUCAAUAAUUCAUUUAUUUUAAAAGCAUUUCACUAAGACCCGGUUUAUUUAUUUUCAGAUAAACUUGCGGGUAACAAUAUCUGCAAGAUAAAUUUACCGUUUUAUAAAUCUAAAUGUAAUUUGCUAUUUUCUUUAGGAGCAGAAAUAUUUAUAAUAAGACUCGAUUACAUUUAAAUAAAUUAUACCAGCCACAAAGAAAAACAAUAUGGCUAUUUCAAAAUCAACUGAUCACCACCAGCAGAACAUGGACUGACUCAUCCUUUUCUUGCUGAUAACACCCAACCCUAUUCGUCAUCCGUCUUUUAUUUUUUACAUAAGAUUCUCAUAAAUGAAUUAUCAAAAUUCUUCCUUUUGGCCCUUUAUUUCUUAAUUAUUGUAAAAACAAUGACAUAUUGAUCAAAUCAAAUAUUUUUCUACUAAUAAUUUUUUCAAUAAAGAACAAUUAAUUAGUACUUGAGUUUAGUAGCAACGUCUGUGAUGCGAAUUUCUAACAGCUUAAUACAAAAUACAGUGGGAUUUUUUGAGGCUUUAAUUAAUUUUUUUCAAAAAAUCGCAAUCCAUAUAAACGCACAUUCCAGCAUUUAAUUUUUUUUUUUUUUUUUGAGGAAUCAUUUUGUCUUUCAUUUUUUUUUUGUUUAUACUUUAUUGAUUUAGAAAAAAAUCGCAUAUUAUAUAUUUUUUUUAUAGGUACUAUAUUGUAGAUAAAAUCGAUUUUUUUUUGUAGAAAAAAUCCAAUUGAUGUAAGCUCUGUUCCGACCGACAUGAGAACCGUUCUAGAACGGUAAUUUUCAGUCAACGUUCAACUUAUUGAAAAAUAGGUGGGCAACUGGAAAUUACUGGUUCUGGAACGAUUCUUAUGUCAGUUGAAACAGAGCUGUAUUCUCACAAUUUGGUGCUUGGUAGAAGACAUCAAUUGAUUUUUUUUCAAUUGAAUAAUGUCCUAUUUUUGUAUAAAGUACUGAUUAGAGUCUAUAGUUAGUUUUUAAUUAGGUUUCUCGUUGACGGUUAAAACCCCUAGAGGGGUUUCGCCCACCUUUUUUUUAAUAUUAGUCAAAACAAAUAAAUAAACGAUGCUUUGUACUAUAUUAUUUUAAAUAAAGACAUUUUUAUAGUAA